CAGAGGCCGCGUAGACGAGGGCAGCAUCCAGCUCCGUCCAUCACUCGCCAUUUCCUGGUGUUUUUACUUCCUUCUCUAUUCUGGCGAGGCAUUGUGUGUAGCUGAGCGGCCCAGUGGAAGGGCGCCUUCGACACAAUGAGGCUCAUCACCGCAGCCACUGCGCUCUGCGGUUUGUUGUCCAGUAGCUUACUAUGUGCUGCUGAAUCCAACAUCACAACAUCACCAGUCGCGCGAUUGGUCCUUCCCAAGGAUUUCACACCUCCUCAGGUGUUCAAGAAUACGAACUUGUUGCGAAAUAUCAAUCUUGAGAAGGGAUAUCUUCGGGAAACGGUGAACGUGGUCGUGGAGAAUGUGGACAAGAAACCGCAGAGCGACUACUACAUCCCCUUCUCAGCCGACAUCAUUGACAAGGUUGGAGGACUGGAAGUCAGAGACAAGAAGGCGCCCGAGAAGGGACGAUUCGAUAUAGAUGUUACAACGCAUGAUGGCAGUGACACUCAAUUCUUCCUCGUUCACUUCCCCGAACCGCUCGCGCCAUCAUCGCAGAUUACUCUGGGCAUUUCCUACUAUAUCCUCUCAAGCGUGCAACCACUCCCCGCAUCGAUUAGCCAGGAUGACAAGCAAUUCCUCACUUACACCUUCUCCGCCUAUGCUCCAUCUGCCUACACCACAGUGAGCCAGAAGACCAAGGUCAAGUUCCCUACCACGAAUGUCCCCGAUUACACUCAGACAUCGGGACUGAAGACUGGCGCUGGUUCGGACCCGGAGCGCCAGGGUAGCACCUACACCUAUGGCCCAUACAACACGGCCAAGGUCGCCCCGGGAACCAAUGAACCGAUCACCGUCCGCUACGAGUUCACCAAGCCUGUCCUUACGGCAUCCCUUCUCGAGAGGGAUCUGGAAGUUUCGCACUGGGGUGGUAACCUCGCCACGGAGGAGCGCUACUGGCUCCGCAACGACGGCGCCAACCUCUCCAAGCACUUUGACCGUGUCUCCUGGACUAUGAAAACGUACCAAGGGCAGCCCAGCUCCGCGCUUCGGGAGCUCAAGUACCCGCUCAAGCCUGGCUCAGUUGACCCAUACUUCACCGACGACAUUGGCAACGUCUCUACGAGCCGAUACCGCCCCAGCCCUCGUCCAGGUCGCGAAGCCCACCUGGAACUCCGACCACGAUACCCCAUCUUUGGCGGAUGGAAGUACAGCUUCCGCAUUGGUUGGAACAACGAUCUGUCUUCCUUCCUGCGCGGACCUGUCCCAGGAACAGACUCCUACAUCCUCAAGGUUCCCUUCAUCGAAGGCCCCAAGAUCCCCGAGGGCCUCCAGUACGAAAAGGCCGUUGUCCGCGUCGUUCUCCCCGAAGGCGCUUCUAACGUGCGAUACGAGAUCGUCGAAGGAACUUCUAGCAACGGCCUUCCAGGAUCGAGCCAGAUCUCCUCCAGCGUCACCAAGCACAUCACCUACAUGGACACCCUCGGCCGAACAGCCCUGACUCUCACUGUAAACAAUCUCUCUGACGAAGCUAGAGACUCGCAACUACUGGUUAUCUACGACUACCCCUUCCUCGCCUCUCUUCGCAAACCCCUGACCAUCUUCAGUGGUUUCAUCACUAUCUUCUUCACCGUCUGGCUCAUCGGCAAGAUCGACGUGAGUAUCAAGAAGCGAUGAAUGAAAUAGAGAGAGAGCGUCUCAAUUAGCUCUAGAUGUAUUUAUUUAUUUAUUUUUUUAGUUAGUUCUUUUUUUUUUUCUCUCGAUGCCAGUCAAAUCAAUCAAUCAAUCAGAUAUGAUGGAAAAUUCUCUCUCUCUCUGAAACAAUUAUGAACUACA